UGGCUCCCGGCAUGGACUCUCAUCAGCAGCACAGUAACCAUCUACUUGCCACUGGUGACGGUUCUCAAGCGUCCAUACACAAGUCCGGAGGGGACAUAUUCUACUCCACAAUGUAGGACUAUUUAUCGGCCUGCAAAAAUGUCCAACUGUAAGCCAUCUUCCUAGACUUCAUCUUGGAGCCAGCAGCAGAGCGAUAGUGGUGGUCCACACCCAUGUCACUCCCUCCCAGUCGGAAGCCCUCUGCAGGUCAGCGCAGGCGGUCAGUGGCUACUAGCAGUGGGCGCCAUUCCCAUAGCAAUGCCUCCAAUACCAACACUUACCCCACCAACACUUAUCCUGGCAGGGCUAGUGAGGGCAGUCCUACAGCCCGGACAUACCCUGGCACACCCAGGUGUCAGAAGAAGCACACCACCUGCAGUGAUAACCAUGGGAUCUGUCCCCCCACACCAGAGCAGUACCUCACACCCCUGCAGCAGAAGGAGGUGUGUAUCAGACACCUGCGAGCCAGGCUAAGGGAGAAUGUUGAGAUACUGCAGCACAGGGACAGUGAGAUAACUGAGAUGAGGACCCAGCUGUGUCGGAUGCAAGAGGACUGGAUAGAGGAGGAGUGUCAUCGUGUGGAGGCCCAGCUUGCUCUAAAGGAGGCGCGCAGGGAGAUCCAGCACCUACAUGAGGUUGUGGAGACAGUACGAUCAAAUCUCGGCACCCCAGAAAAAUCCCCCCACAACCAAAAGCCAUACCUUUCACCGCAGGGACCCAGACCAGUCAAGUCCCGCUCAUGUGGUUGCUCCCCAGCCAGCACCAUGAACCGCAGCACCACCUACACCCGGCUGAGCAGUGAGGGCCUGCAUCUGGACCGCAACGGAAACGUCCCAGGGCCUGACCUGCGUGCAGCGGCACGGGCAGAAGGGGGACGGACCCACCUGCUCCUGGAAGCAGCCCUUCUGUCAGAACAAAACCCAGUCGGCUCCGCCCGUGGCCCCUUCUCCUCCACCAUGCCACACUCCUCCACCUACGAGAGACUGUACAGCGGGGGGGCUGUCCUGCCCGUCUCCCACUCCUGCCAUUCCCUAGGUAACAGCUGCAGAUGCAGCGGACACACCUGCCUCCCGCAUCACCACCUCUUCCUGCACCUCCCUCAGGAGGAGCCCCCGGCUGCAAUGGCAGCGGCUGCUGCAGACCCCGUGACAGAUGUGAAACCAGAGGUCCGAUCCCAGGCCUGCAGCCCCACCAUGACCUGGGUCUCAGAGGAAGGAGGGGGAGAAGAGCUAAGCAUCAUCUCCCUGGCAACAACCGACAUCACCCCAGCCUACUCUGAACAACAACCGUUUCCUCCCUUCUUGUCUUCCUCCCCUCCUCCCCAGCUCUCCUACAACCUAGAACCACUGCCUCCAGAUGGCCCAGUGGAGAUGACAAUAAUGCCAACAGUGGCCCAAACCUGCCAGCCCAAGCCUGUGUCAUUGUAUUCACUAGAGAGGCAAGGGAGUGUGACAGUGGUGGAGAAGGAGGAGGCUGUUGAAGUUGAAGGUGAAAUUGUUGUGGAAGGGGAAGAGGGCGAGGAGGGGGCUCCCCAGCGGAACUUCUGGAGCCGAUACUUCCUGGUGGACCUGUUGGCGGUGGCCAUGCCGGUAGUGCCGACAGUGGCCUGGCUGUGCCAUGGGGCCCCUCGGGAGGUCAUGCCUGUCUACCACAUUGGCUCUCUGCUACGGGGUUGCUGCGCUGUGGCCCUUCACUCUCUGCGACGCAGGGGAUGUGGCCGGGGCCAUGAACCCACAAGCAUGAAUGGGGCGACCGAUAUCUGACAACUUUACUCUUUAGCCUCCUGACUCCCCUCACAGUAACCAUGCAACCCCAACCUCUUACGAGCCACAGCCACAAAGGCAAUUAUACCGACUUUGAUUUGGACUUAAACUCCUAUUGCUUUUUAUUCUCCACCCACCACGUCUGAUUUGAGGAUGAACUUGAGAUUUACAUUAUCCGAUUGUAUUGCAGUUGACCUUUGUGAAUUUUGUUUAUUGGUUACAGCAGACAGGAAUUAGGCGAAUUGUAUAGUUCAAGCCUGUUUCUGUUAGAUUUGUAAUCAUGCCUUGCUAUCAAAGAAAAUCUAAUGCAAUAGUGAUUUGAUGGGGAAUGCAUGAGCCUGCUUAAAUUGACUUUUUGACACAGGUCUACAGUGUCUCCUGUAACUGUACAUUGCAUGUAACCCUGAGAAAUGUUCAGCCUUUUGCCAUUACCUCACUUUGAACAGAUUUACUACAUUUGAACCUUGAAGACUUUAAUGUAUGCUCCAUGAAUCUUCUAGCGUUGUCUUUGAAAUUGGGGUGAAUAUGGUUCAUCUUGUUAGAAGCAUCAGCAACAUUUUAUUUUAGUUUCUAGAGCUAAGUGAAUGAGGGAUCUGAGUAGGAGUUCUAGUUGAAUGUCUUUGAAUUAUUUUUGCACAACGACUGAGAGAUAGAGAAUCUAUUACAUUUCAGGGAUCCAAAGUUUAUCUUCUGGUUUCAUUAAUUUUUAUUUAGUCCAAGGAUAAGAUAAACAUUCUGAAUAAGACUAGCACCGUCACUAUCCAUGCAAAUGCUGAAUGCCAGUGCAAGUCAUAAAAAAUGCAGGCUAGGUAUUUAUUAAGGCACAUAUACCAUUUACUAAAUUUCGCAAUUUACAAUAUUAAGAAUAUGAUCAAUAGUUUGCCUAGAUAUUUGUUUCAAACAUUGCAUUUUUUCCCCACCUUUGGGACUAUACUGUACUACUUUAAGUUUGUAGUGAAUUUGCAUGUCAUCAAAACAUUAACCAUGCCAGUCUUCUUUUGAGCCACAUCGUGCCGCUAAAGCUACAUUGACGACAAUUAUUCAAAUUCAGUAGUCAAUAUCAAUGAGAAAAAGCAAUGAUGGAAUGUCUUUACUUGGGUUGAUAAAUUGCACAAAAAGCUGUAGAAUGCAAAGUGUAAAUAGCUCUGGAUGUAUUUCCUCUUCCCUUUGAAAAUAAACUGAAAGUUGCCUUUGUCUGUGUGUCAUCUAUUGAAGUGUGCUCUGAGAGAAUUAGAGACGCAUUAGAGAUGCCUGGGAAUCAAUAUGAAAUAAAAAUACAUUAGGGAUGAGGAACAAUUGUUUUCAACCAAUGGGGUGAGAGUUGACUCAUUGUGUGUUUGGGGAAAUUUAACCUUACAGAUGCAUAGCUUGCUGAACAAGUUCCUUCAAAUAUGCUUUUAGCACUUCACUAAUCCUCUGAAAACAAAAUCAUGCAACUUCACAAAUCUUAUGGUACAAUUAUGGAAUAAUACUGAAUGAUAUUUGGCCCAAAACAAAGGGUCUCUAUUUUGCAUUCCCUUGUGAUUACUAAUGGUGUUCAAAUAUGCCCUCAGCACUUCUCAGAACAACACUAGAAAUAAUUGGUAUACAGUUGUCAGAUACUGUGCAGCAUUAAAUCAAUGAUACAAGAAAAAUUAUCCUAGUUAGAGAACAAGGUCAAGCCUACUGGGGGAUAAAGGGUGAUCAUUUUGUUGAAACAUACCAUAGAAAAUUCACCCAUUUUGUCACUCGAGAGGACAACUACACCUGCCGGCAUGCGAGUUCUGCACUACAACAAUGACCAUCUUUAAUUACACAUGUAAUAUUUGGCCUUACCAACAGUAUGUGCCACGCUUGUCUGUCUACACAGUGUUUAAUUCAGAAAGUUAACAUGACUGGGAAAAAUAUUAACCAAAUCAUUAAAAAAUUAAUUUAAAAUGAAAAUUCCACCCCAAAAAACUAUUUAGAUAGUCCAUUGUUGGUAGUCCCAAAAUAUUUUGAAUGUCAGCAAUCAUACCAGCAGUAUUUAUGUAUUUUGAAAGUUAUCUCAAAAACUUGAUUGCUGACUUGGAAAACAUUUUGGGUGGUUCUCAUUUCAGUAAACUUCUGCAAUCCAAUUACAUUAAUCCAAUCCAUUUGGGGAGUCAUUUAUUCAUAGUUUUUUUCUCAAUUAUCAUGUCCACAAUAACACAUUUUCUGAAAAGCAAGGCCACUCAGAGCCACAAGAA